UUGUUUUGUUGUAUCACAGUAAACCCGCAUUCCUACAUGAAACUAAAAUUAAUAAAUUUCACAUUGUCGCGUUGAUUUCUGAUAUUUUGUAUACCAAUACAACCAACAAAUUCUAUUUACAAUGUUUUGAAAUACGUCGGACAUUGUCGUUGAAGUACACGCGAAUGGGCGAUUAAGUUGAAGGAAACCCCGAAAGACGUACAAACAUUUGCGCCGCUAUGACUACAAUCUCGCCAGCUAGCGUGCCAGCAGUCAACACCACGUUGCAUUAAGAGACCAAAGGACAAUGUGGCCACGAUUUCUUGGCCGACGUAUACUCUACAUAACCAUCACAUUACUUGCCGUAAUAUAUUUACUAACGAAUUUACUUAAGCAUGGCGGUCUUAGCGCACUGCAUGCGGACAAUAUGCUCACCGUUCAACGCACACGUCCGCUUAUCUGGCGCACACUACAGGAACACUUACUGCCUGACGAACCUCAGAAUCGCACCAACGAUCCCGACGUGCAUUGCCGCAACUCAGUGCAGGGCCGCGAUUUACUCGUCGAUGAUCGUGGCUUUCUCUGCCGUCGCGAACAUUUGUUGCUGCCCAGCAAUUGCUGUGAUGUGGAAGUGCCUGAAACACAAUAUUACACAUGCGAUACAUGUAAUACAACAACACAUUGCUGUGACAUAUACGAAUACUGUGUGUCUUGCUGCCUGCAUCCGACGAAACGAACACUAUUGGAGCUAGUGCUACGUACUACUACCGGCCGACAGGCAGCUGUAUACGCGCGAGUGGAGGAUCAUUUCGAAUUGUGUUUGGUUAAGUGUCGCACAAAUUCGCACUCUGUGGCACACGAAAACAAAUAUCGCGAUGGUAUGCCUAAAUAUUGUUAUGGGCAGACAGAAGCACACGAAUCGCAGCGUGAAGUAUCAGUUAGUGUGGCACGAUGAUUAAGCAGCUCUCAAUUAUCCUAAAGAAAAAAAGAGGCGAAUGCGGUAAAUGAAAAAAAAAAAAAUUACGCAUAGUGAUGGCCAACGACUGAUUCGUUUCGUAACUCGAUACUGCUUAAUCUACAUAAGAGCAAACGCUCGUUCAGGGUAAAUUGAUAAUGGACAUUCAGGCGAAAACAUUACUGUCAUCGUUAAUUAUUGGCAACUUUGGUCGCUGAGGUUUUAGGGUUUGGUAGUGGCCAAAAUGAAAUACAGAGCGCAAGUGAGCUUUUAUUGGAUUGCGAUUAUAGCGAGUUUAGUCUCAGUGCCCCUAAUAUUAACUUAUUUAAGUUAAUUUCUAACAAUGGUUUGUAUGAAAUUAUAUUUUAUGUUCGAAUGAAGAAAUGUAUGUAGUAUAUUUAAGUAGUGGUAUUUGUAUGCAUGGAGAAUUGUUUGAAAAUGCUGUAUAUCUCGAUUAAAUUACAAAAUUACAAUUUGUAGAAAAGCUAACUAGAAUGGGGUUCUUCAGGAGCAAAACGUAUCAUGACCGAACAAAUUUAAGUAUUAAUGUAGAACUAAACAUUACAAUAAUUUUAAGUUUAUAUCUUGUAAAUUAUGGACCAGACAUAUAGAUUUAAAAUUGUUAGAUUUCGUAAACUUCUCGAGUAAUACUCUACUAUUUUGAUUAGCAAAAGUAAAAAACACUAAUAUUAAUCAAUUAAUAAACUUAAAUCUAACUUUUUAUA